UUGCUCCAUCUCCAUCUUCUUCUUCUUUUUCCAAUUCGAAAAUCAAAACCCUUGAAAUCCGCUGAAUGUAUCAAAUCAAACACUGCAGAAUCUUUGUUCUUCUUCCAAGCUCAUUGCGUAUUUGACGUCUAUCUUUUUGUUUUCAACAUCUUUGAGGUAUCCAGGUUUUCUUCAUCCAUGGCCAAAGUCAUGAAGCCCUCUUCUCGCUACAGUUCAUACGAUGUCCGAUCUUCUACUUCCUCCCAUUUCUCCGACCCUUCUUCUUCCUCUGACUUCAAGAUCAAGUCUCCUCUCCCUGCUAAUUCCUCUUCUUCGCGCGCUCUUGUUAAAACCAAGCCUACUGAUCUGGCUAGGGCUAAGAUGAAGCCCUCGGAUCAGAAUUUGACGGCGAUGGUGAAGAAAUUUAUGGAGAAGCGAUCUGGUUCGAAGCCGAAGGCAGUGAAGCAUGCAGCUGGGUUGGUGAUUCCUUCGGAUUUGAUUGCGGAGGAUUUGAAGAAGACGGCGAGGAAAGGGACGAGCUUUGGUGGCCUGCAUAAGAAGUUGUUUGGGAAGGGAACGGUGGAGAAGAAGGAUGCGAAAGAGGUGAAGGCGUUGACGGAGGUGAAAGGCAAUACGAGGACAUUGGCAAUGGUGCUGAGGAGUGAAAGAGAGCUUUUGAGUUUGAAUAAGGAGCAAGAGUUGGAGAUCACUGAGCUCAAAUUAGUUCUGGAGGAGAAGUACAGAGAGAUCGAGAAGUUGAAAGAUUUGUGUUUGAAGCAAAGAGAAGAAAUAAAGUCAUUGAAGAAUGCAAUAUUGUUUCCUGAUGUUAUGAACUCUCAGCUUCAAAAUAUGCUUGAAAAGCAGGACUCAGAGUUGAAGCAAGCCAAACAAAUCAUCCCCACUCUACAAAAGCAGGUCACCACUCUCACUGGCCAGCUUCAUUCCCUCGCCGAGGACCUUGCUGAGGUGAAGGCAGAUAAAUAUUCAGGGAAGUCUUGGUUACAAGGUAGCAUCUCUCCUCACACACCAACAUAUGAUCAUGAAGAUGCUUCUAACUCUUUGGAAUUCAGUGUAUGUGAUCCAACAUCCCCUGGCAGUCCAGAUGAUUUUUUGCUGAAGGAUGUAAAUCCCUGCCUAACACCCUAUUAUGCAACUAAAUCCAAGGAGUUUGAGGCAAUGGGAUAUGAUUCUCCUCGAGGUGAAAUGGUAUCCCAGAACAGAAUGGAAUCAGGCUUUAAAUCUUGUUUUAGGAAGUUGUCCAAGAGUUCUGAUUGCAGACAGAAUUCCAACAAAGCAAACACCACAAAGACAGGCCGACAAUCCGACGAGGCCAAAUACACAUAUGGAAAGCCAAUGCAUAAAUUUUAAUGAACAUCAUUUUUUUACCAGCUUGGGUUCAUAUUUUUGGUCCAUCUGAAUAUCUUCUUGUACUUUGUCACCCACUAUCACUGUAUGAAUCGUAGUUUUAUGUUGGAUUUGAUCCAACAACUGUGGCUAUAAUGCCAGCCAUGCUUCUUUGUUUAGUCCUUGGACAGAGAAUGGUCUAUUUGAGCUUUAGAGGGAGUAAUACCAUUGUAUACAUGCUACAUUUGAAAAGCUCAUCAAUAAUAGUAAAUGGUCCUAUUCCUUGAGAA